AUGAAGAUGAAUAGUACCAGAUUUGGUUUUUCUCUUUUCUUCUUCUUCAUUAUUGUUUCUGAAAGGAUGUUUUUGGGCAAGGCACAAAACACGACAGUCCCAGUUGAUGUGGGUGUGGUUCUUGACAUGGAUACAUGGAAUGGGAAGAUGGGGUGGAGUUGCAUAAAUAUGGCUCUUUCUGACUUCUAUGCUUCUCAUGCUUAUUACAAGACAAGGCUGAGGCUUAACGCCAGGGACUCCAAAAGCGAUGUUGUUCAAGCAGCUGCCGCAGCUCUACACCUGAUAAAAAAUGUAGGAGUGCAAGCCAUCAUAGGGCCACAAAACUCGAUGCAGGCCAACUUUGUCAUCGAUCUAGGGGGGAAAGCUCAGGUUCCCAUUAUAUCAUUCUCAGCAACAAGCUCUUCUCUUACUUCCCUUCGAAAUCCAUAUUUUUUUCAAGUCGCUCAAAAUGACUCAUCUCAAGUGAAAGCUAUAAGUGCAAUUAUUCAAGCUUUUGGAUGGAGAAAAGUUGUGCCAAUCUAUGAAGACAAUAGUUAUGGGGAAGGUAUAAUACCCUACUUGAUUGACGCCUUGCAAGAGAUUGAUGCCCGUAUCCCUUACCGAAGUGUCAUUCCUCCAUUGGCCACGGAUGACCAAAUUGGUCAAGAACUUUACAAGUUGAUGACAAUGCAAACAAGAGUCUUCGUUGUGCACAUGUCACGCAAUCUUAGUUCUCAACUUUUCACCAAAGCAAAAGAGAUUGGAAUGAUGAGAGAAGGUUAUGUUUGGAUCAUUACCAAUGGGAUAGCCAAUUCAUUUACUUCCAUAGAACCUUCAAUUCUAGACUCAAUGCAAGGGGUAUUGGGUAUAAAGACUUACGUUUCAAAAACAAAAGUGCUUGAAGAUUUUACAAUUCGAUGGAAAAGGACAUUCCGACAAGACAAUCCAAACUUUAUCGACGCUGAAUUGGAUGUUGUCAGCGUAUGGGCUUAUGAUGCUGCAUCAGCACUAGCUAGGGCAGUUGAGAAAGCUGGCAUCACAAAUCUUGGCUUUGAAAAGACAUAUUCUUCAAGCAACUUAACUGAUCUAGAAACUAUUAGUGUCUCUCAAAAUGGACCAAAACUUCGGGAAGCAUUAUUGGGUGUAAGAUUCACAGGCCUUACAGGAGAGUUCAAUCUUGUUAAUGGGCAACUACAAUCAUCUACUUUUGAGAUAAUUAAUGUGAAUGGUAAUGGAAAAAGGGGGAUUGCAUUCUGGACUCCAAAAAAGGGACUUAUAAGGAAAUUGAAUUCAGCGAAUAGAAGCACCUAUUCCACUUCGAAGAACAAUCUAGGGCCUAUUAUAUGGCCGGGAGAUUUGAGUUCUACCCCCAAAGGUUGGGAUAUUGCAACUAAUGGGAAGAAGUUGCGAAUAGGAGUUCCAAUGAAGGACGGUUUUAGUGAAUUUGUUAAGGUGACGCGUGAUCCUAGCACUAACACAACACAUGUCACUGGGUACUGCAUAGACAUCUUCAAUGCUGUAAUGGAAAUAUUGCCAUACACUAUUAGCUACGAGUUCAUUCCCUUUGCAAAGCCUGAUGGUAAAAGCGGCGGUACUUAUAACGAUUUGGUCUAUGAAGUAUUUCUUGGGAACUUCGAUGCUGUGGUAGGAGAUACAACGAUCAUAGCAAACAGGUCUAACUUUGUGGACUUCACGUUGCCAUACACGGAAUCUGGAGUAUCAAUGGUUGUGCCAAUCCAAGACAGAAGGCCAAAAAACGCAUGGGUGUUCUUAAAGCCUUUAACUUGGGAUCUCUGGAUGACAAGCGGUUGUUUCUUUGUCUUCAUAGGCUUUGUGGUAUGGGUUCUUGAACACCGAAUAAAUGAUGAUUUUCGUGGGCCUCCCUCACAUCAAAUAGGGACAAGCUUAUGGUAUGCCUUCUCCACCAUGGUUUUCGCACAUCGGGAGACAGUGUUAAGUAAUUGCGCUAGAUUUGUGGUGAUUGUAUGGGUUUUUGUUGUGCUCAUACUCACUCAAAGCUAUACUGCGAGUUUGACAUCACUCUUAACAGUUCAACAACUACAACCAACUGUUACUAAUGUCAACCAGCUUAUUAAGAAUGGGGAGUAUGUUGGAUACCAACGAGGUUCUUUUUUUUUCGGAAUCUUAAAGGAAAUGAAGUUUGACACAAGCAAGUUGAAGGAAUAUAAUUCUACAGAAGAAUGUGAUGAACUUUUGUCCAAAGGAAGUGCAAAUGGCGGUAUAGCUGCUGCUUUUGAUGAAAUCCCCUACAUGAAGCUUUUCCUAGGAGAAUAUUGCUCAAAGUAUACCAUGGUUGCAUCGAUAUACAAAACUGAUGGCUUUGGCUUUGUUUUCCCAAUAGGUUCCCCUUUUGUAGGUGAUGUUUCAAGGGCAAUCUUAAAUGUAACUGAAGGAGAGAAAAUGAAAGAGAUUGAAAAGGCAUGGCUAGGGACAGAAUCCAAUUGUCCAGAUUCUAGCACCCAGUUUUCUUCUAAUAGUCUCAGCCUCGCUAGCUUUUGGGGCCUAUUCCUCAUUGCCGGUGUUUCUUCCUCAUCAGCCCUAAUCUUCUCCGUGUGCAUGUUCCUUUACAAGGAGAGGCCACAAAUCUUGAUACAUUUUGAUUCAGAAGGCUCAUUAAGGAGAAGAAUUCAACAUACAUUGAGAAUCUUCGACAGGAAAGACCUCACCUCACAUACUUUUAGAAGGAGAGCACUUGAAGACAAAAAUGGCAUUGAUGUGGGGACAAGUGAGCCUUCGCCAAACAUUAAUUUCCCACCAACUCCAUCAAGCCAUUCGACACAAGAGGAAUCCCACUUUGCUUUUAUGGGACAUCCUGGAACGCCUUCUAGAGAAUAUGUUGAUCUUAGUCCAAACGGUCAAGUGUCUCAAGCAACAGCAGUUAUUAAGAUAAUUUUCCACCCAAAUCAAGACAGACCAAGAACCCCAGAAGUAGAUCAUCAAAGUAGUUAAUAGUCAUUUUCACUCUAACAUUAUAAUGAC